GUAGGUUGGCAGUCUGGAGAUUGCAGGAAGGAGAGUGGAUCCCAAAACCCAGGAUGGUUUCAGACUCAGAUUCAAGCAGUGUUUCUCCAACCCAGAUAGAAUCCCUAUAUGAGCAAGAUUUCCAGCAAUUAAGAGAUGAGUGUUUGAAGAAAAACGUUCUAUUUGAAGAUCCAGAGUUCCUUCCCAGAGAUGAGUUUCUCAGGGAGCGAUCUAAGCAGCACGGACGGGAUAUUGUCUGGCUCCGUCCUUCAGCCAUUUCUAGACCAGAUAUUCCAAUCUUAGUCUCCAACAAGAAUGAAGGGUUUAAUAUUAAGCUAGGGUUGGACAGCUGGUUUGUCCCUGCAUUUAGUGCUAUAGCUGAUAGUGAUGCUUUGCUCCGUCACGUGAUUCCUCCAGAUCAAGGAUUCUCCGAGAGAGAAAACUAUGCAGGAAUAUUUCAUUUCAGAUUCUGGUUUGGUCGCUGGAUAGAGAUCGUGAUCGAUGAUCUUUUACCUACCAGGAAGGGAGAAUUGAUCUACAUGAGGUCCACCAGUCCUGUAGAGUACUGGCCGGCCCUACUGGAGAAGGCCUAUGCUAAAGCUAAAGGAACCUAUGAGCUGCUGAACAAUUGGCUUCCUAUUGAUGCGUGUAUAGAGCUGACCGGAGGGUGUCCAGAGAGGGUCAAACAUAUUUCAUCCUUACUCCAGGGAGACAAACGACAGGUUGACCGGUUAUUCUUUGAUAUUCUGCGAUGCAACCAGAACGGAAAUAUUCCAAUUGUGAGUUUUAGUGUGAGAACUUCAGAGAAUCAACAGGAGCAGGAUCAGGCUCGUGAGCUAGGAUUAGAACCCAGAUAUGUUUAUAGAAUUACUCAGGUAGCAGAUCUGGGACAAGGACGUCAGAUUGUGAGAGUUAAAAACUGCUCUGGGUGCACGGAUCCACAGUGGAUUGGAUCCUGGUCUCCGGAGGACACAAACUGGGCAAAUGUUCCGGACUCCACCCGCAGGGAACUGGACGGAGAAGCAUUCCACGAUGGAGGAUUCUGGAUUGGGUUUCAGGAUUUUCUCAAAUACUUCGACACCAUUGACUUCUGCCACGUGAACAAAAGCGAGGAUAGAGAGGUCGUCUUUAACGGAAGAUGGGAGGUCGGACUAAACGCUGGAGGGGUCCAGAAAGGAGAUUUUAAGAACUAUGCCAAGAAUCCGCAAUGUUUUAUAGAGUUAAAAUCUCCAAACCUGGAGGAUCCAGAGAACCUUUGCAGCGCUGUCAUCAGUCUCAUGCAGCGGCGCAGGCCGGGCAGUAAGGUGAAGGGGGUGAACAAGACUGGGUUCAGGGUCUACAGGGUGGACAAGGAUGCGGAGGAGUUAACCAGUCAGUUCUUCUCCUACCGUAGAAACGACGGAAGACACAAAGCUGUUGCAAAAACUCCGACAUGGCAGGAUGGAAGAGAAACGAAUAUUCGGGUGAGGCUUCCAGUCGGAAAAUAUUGUAUAAUUCCAUCAACCUUUCUCACAGACCAGGAGGGAGAUUUCAUUCUCAGGGUUCAUAUUGAACACUUCGGGACGGAGCAAGAGGAUAGCUCCGACUCCGAUACAAUCAUUAACAAUACGGAGACUAGAGCACUAAUAGAACGGGUGGCAACCCCUGCCUUUAGCGAGCGGUCGACCAGAACAGAGUUAAUGUACGGCGGCAGGCCGGAGGGAAGAGCCACGCCUAUUUACGGGAGUACAUCAGGGCGUGGUACACGGUUGUACGGAACAAGACCAGGACGAACAACUCCAUUAUAUGGUUCAACCCUGCAGUUGGAAAACUCGUCAUAUAUUAAUUAAUCAAGAGUAUUCUUUCUUGAUUAGAAUUAGAAUCAGGAUUCGACCUAUGUUUAAUGUUUAAUGAGAAAAGUCAGGUUGAGAACGAAUAGAUAGACAGACAGGGAUGAGGGAGGUGCUUUUGGGCACAACAAAACUAUUCGUAGCUAGUUCAACUAUUUCUCCUUUAAUUAUUUUUUAAAGUUGAACAAACAGGUUAAUAUUAAGUUGUGUACAUAUACCACUAAUAGCUAAAAGCCAAUUGUGAAUACUAGUCUAAAACUUAACGUUAAGAUCAAAUAAGAAAUACGUUCUGUGAUACUAACCAUAACCAUUGAUAACAAUUUAUAACUAUUUAUUAAUAAACUUUAACGAGAAAUAUAUUUUUUUUUCAAAGUGCA